AUGGCUCCCUCCCGCCAACUCCUCUCGACCCUAAUAACCUCCCUCGGCAACACCCGCUGGAGCCUAACCCGAACUCUCCGGAGUGACAACCCCCUCGACCUAAACGGCGAGCUCCGCGGAACCGCAACGUUCACCGCACAACCCCCAACCGCAACCCCCGAUCGCGACUGGCUAUACUGCGAAGAAGGCGAGAUACCUAGCAAUGUCGGUGUAGGCGCCUUACAGCCGGGCCUACGAUGGACAAAGAAAUACAUAUGGCGCCUAGGCAACGAUAGCGGACGCGUCAGCGUCUGGUUCGUCAAAGUCGCGCCGGGCCCAGAAGAAGCAGACUACCUAUUCCACGACUUCGACUUUGAUUCGGGUUCUGGCUCGCUAGAGUCGGAGUCCGGGUCUGUGCAGAAGGAUGCAGAGGAAUUCGUCGCGCCGCCUAUGCCGCCCGCUGUCUCGACCGGCAAUGAGACUACUGUGCUCAAUGCCAGGGGUAACCACCUCUGUAUCAAUGAUAUGUAUCGCACGGCCUAUGCGUUCCGUAUUGCACCGGAGACCGGGGAGGUACUUAGUUGGGCUAGUCGACAUGUUGUACGUGGGCCGAAGAAGGGGCAGGAGAUUGUUAAUCGGUAUGAGAAGGGGCAUGAGAUGGGAUUUAAGGAUCCUACCCCUGCGAUUUCUUCUCGUACGAGCCUACAGCCCCCGUUCCGUUAA